UAACAAUUUAUACUAAUGAAAUGAAUUUCAAAAUUAGCUGAGACUCAAACGGAGUGCCACUAAGUGUAUAUUUGUGAGAUAUAUGAAUAGGUAACAUACCUAUUGCCAUAGGAUAACCUAAUUUCAGAAACGAAGCUUAGGUCAGCCUACAAUGUACGUCCCUGACUACUCCAAAUACGACGACGAGUAUCUCUCCGACUACAAGGAGACGGAAAACAUCGACACAGGACCUCCCUUCCAGGACAUCCCGGUGACGGAGACGGAGUCCGAGAACGAACCCCCGGGACCCCCUCCUGUCAUUGUAUACCGUAAAGAAUGGGGAGCCCUGGAGGAGCUUCGGGAACAAAGAACAUUCACCUUCCCAGUAGAGAACGUCAUAUACUCCUAUACUGAGACUGACGUUUGCAACACAAGGGCUGAAUGUAUCCAAGCCAUGAAGGAUAUGCAGAAGAAACACAUGGAACAAGGGUAUCCUGAUAUAAAGUUCAAUUUCGUCCUUGGCGGCGAUGGAAAGGUGUACGAAGGCACCGGAUGGUACGUCAGAGCUCCACUGAACGAACAAUACCCUAGCUUGGAGGGUCAACAUAUAGAGUUUGCUCAUACUGGAAGACGACAUGAUUUUCCCGACCGUGAAAAGGUGAAGCUGAUCAACCGUUUGUACGACUACGGAAUAGAAACAAAACAUAUUGCAAGUGAUUCCCGAGUCUGCAUCGACUACAUGUGGCCAACCUCCUAAAUGGGACCUUAGAAUGAUUUUAAAUAAAUAAACCUCUUGUCUAACGCAUA